AUGCCUGCUUCACACCGCCGUGGACCUUGGGUCCCUGAGGAAGACCAACUCCUCACUCAACUUGUCCGUGAACAGGGCCCAAACAACUGGGUUCGCAUUUCUCAACACAUGCACUACCGCUCCCCCAAGCAAUGUCGGGAGCGUUUCCACCAAAACCUGAAGCCCUCUCUCAACCGGGAGCCCAUCUCAGCCGACGAGGGUCUGAUGAUUGAACGUAUGGUCAACGAGAUGGGCAAGCGCUGGGCGGAGAUCGCCCGCCGCCUCGGCAACCGCAGUGACAAUGCCGUCAAAAACUGGUGGAACGGCAGCAUGAACCGCAAGAAGCGUGGUCUCUCCACCCCCACCACCUCACGCACAUACUCCGGCCGCAUCGAGGCGCCUUACACCCGCGCCUCCAUGAUGAGCCCUUCGCGCCCUCGCUUCUCCGUCUCUUCAUCUCGCCCAUCCUGGACCGACUCCAUCGAGUCUGCCAUCUCUGAGCAAUUCUCCCACUCUCGCAGGGAGUCCAUGGUCUCUUCGCGCCAGCUCUCUCCCAUCUACACACUCCCCUCUAUCAACCGACCGAUCGAAACUCCCCUCACCUCACCCGCUUUCUCAGAGGUCUCGCACUCAAACUCCUGCGAGCCGCCUUCGAUGGUCUCAGACCACAACUCUGUCUGCUCUUCUUCGCCUCGCACCAUUCCCUCCCCACAGCUCCUGCCUCUGCCAGUCGACCUGCGCUCGCAGUACGAGAGCCGGAGGCCAAGCGUGCACGUCGUGGAAGAUUCACCCAGCUACCCGACUCGCUCACUAGAGUCCCUCUCCGAGAUCGCCUCCAAGCGCUGGAUGGCCCACCAGCCUACCCUUGCUUCAUGGCACCAACCAACCGACUUGUCCAAGUCAUGGAUCCCCAGAGCCGAGCCCGCUCGUGACACCCGAAUGGGUGUGAACAGCCUGCUCAACUGA